AAAGUACAAUAAACCAUUGAAUGGCGUUAGCUUCUACCCGUCAUGGUGAUCAUCGAUCACGGGUUCUACAAUGUAGGUCUGGAGCAUUCACACUCGCAGACGCUAAGAUAUUCAAUCACUGUCUGUCAUCGCCUCGGCGAAAAGACUUCGUUUCCUAAUGAGCGGCUGCUGACGGCAAACGUGUAACUACCACACGGGCAGUAAAAUCAGUGUGGCAAAUACUGAGUAAGUGUUUUCUGCAGAGAAAGCAGCUGGAACAACGAUUCUCACGGCGAGGCCAAGGAGUCUUAGUGGUCCGCAUUUCUCCGCUAAUUACUGGAACCUUUGAAUGCAAUGGUUCCAACACGACGAACCUGAAGCGUGAGAAAGCAUCAAGCAACACGGCGGGAAAGAACGUCUCCUCCAUCAACUAAGAAUUAGAUGGAGAGUGCUACGCAACGACCUCUGCCUCAGGUGAUCACUACAUCGCAGCCACCUCCCAAGUCUUCGUUGAGUGGUGGUGCAAUUGCUGGUAUUGUGAUAGGAUGUCUCAUUGCUGCGGCUGCUGCAGCUACUGUUCUACUGAUGGUCAUCUGGAAAAGGAGAUCAUCACAAAAGAACAGCUAUGACCCAAACCGAGCAAGUUCAGUGCGCGCAUGGUCAUUCAGAUUUUCCAAAGAGGAUAGAGAGCGGAGUGCAACUGAAGCAAGCACUAAGUCAGGUCCUCACUACUAUGCCAAAUCUGCUGUAAAUAACGCCAGCGGUGACAUCGAACCAGUUCAAGACUAUGCGUAUGCAUACAUCAACGCAUCCAACAGACCGACCGUGCCAUUUGAGAAACAGACGUCAGACGUUGGCGAGCACAUAUACGAGUCCUCACUGACAAUUUCUGGUAUAAACGUAUCAGAAAAGCCCAAGGCGAACUUAUCUGUAGUGACCCUACAUCCCGAGGAACGAAAACACACCAGUGCUACAUACGAUUCAUUAUCCCCUGAUCCUAGCCAUCUUGCAAAGGAUCUAGGGUCCGCCACCAUCGAUGGCAGUGAUGCUGCUUCAGGUGAUCCAGAACGGAUGGCUGGGUCUGAGCACAGGUCGACUGCAGGACAGGAAGAGGAACAACCAGAGGACUCCAGGAAAGCAAGGACUUCUGAGUACGCCGCCAAUGAAUAUGAUGACCCAAUGCUGCACAAAGUGCCAUUGAGAUCUGCCAUGCCAACGCCAGUGGUUGCAGAUCCAGAUUACCUUGAACCCGUUGAUUAAUCAUUCCUGUCGAUCAUGCACGCUGGCGUGCCAUGAUAAUGCAUGUAGUGUGGUAAAUAGUCUCAUCGCACAUGUAUUCUACACUUGAAAGGUGUUACAAACUUACAAUUAUCUUGAUCUCUAUGCCCACAGCGAUUGUUGAAUAUAUUAUCCCAAGAAGUCUCGUACAUGUAUAUGUAGAAAUAUAAUCAUCUUUACAAAGGAAAUCGUUUUUCAAGGUAUUAUAAAUAAAACAAAACCAUCGAAGGCCCAAUAUA